UUGGUUGAUGAUAGUUCGGUAAUUAAGGUUACGUAAAAUUUUCAAAAUUUUUUUUAAAGAUGUAGAAAAAUAUAAUAAUAUAUUCAUUAAUUUAAUACUAUCACAAUGGAAGAAAUUAUAUCUGAUCUGGAACAGCUAAAAAUUUCCGCUUUUAGUAAAGUAAAAAAAAUUAAUCAGUGUAUAAAUGAAGUUACAAUAGGUCCCAAUUCUAGAAGAAAUACAGAGCGAACUAAGCAGGAUCAGCCUGUAAAAACAAAGAAAUGUGCAGAUAAUAAUAAAUUUCAAUGUACUUCUGAAAAUGGAUUACCUAUUAGACACAUUUUAAAGGAAUUAGAAAUUCAGAGACAAGGGGAAGUUAAUGGCGCUAUCCAAGCCCGCUUAAAUAAAUUUGAAGAAUUUUCAAGGCAACAAGAAGUCACUAAAAAACAACAAUGGCUGAAACAACAACAAGCGUUUAUAGAAGAUAUGCAGCAAAAAGAAUCCCGUAUUUUUGAAGCUUUAAAUGAGUAUGACAAAAUUACGUCUAAUGAACAUGCAAGGUUAACUCAGCAUUAUCAAGAAAUAGCAGAGCGAAGGAAAAUCCAUGAAAAAGAAUUAGCCGCAAAAGAAAAACAGAAGCAAUUGAUUAAUACUUAUAUAGAUAGUGUUAAGAAAUGUCAGCAGGACUUUCGAACAAUAUAUCAACAAAUAAUAGUUAUUAUAAGGACAUGUGGUAAUAAUGAAGAAUUAAAAAACUUAUUGGGUGAUGAUUUUAAACAAUUAAAAACAUUACCAGAGCAAUUAGACGAAGUGGUUUCAAACUGUAAAAAUGGGAAAAUUUCUGAAACGGAAGUACAAAAAGCAGUAGAGCUUGUUCAGCAUGUUACUGCUUUGCAAACAAAAAUUGAAAAAUGUGUAGUUGAAGUAAAUAACAAAAAAGAAGCACAAGUAACAACUGAAGUUACUGUUCCACAAGUUACUCCUAUUAUUUAUAGUGAAAGGACACAUAAGAAUACAGUAGAGAAAUCUGAGGGCCCGGCUGAGAAAAUAUCACCUUCACUGAGUUCAAAUCUUUCGCAGUAUGGCAGCCUGACAAAUUUAAAAAUGUAUACUGAUUUAAUGGAAUUUUUAGAUCAGCACAAUCAAAGCUUUAAAGAUUUAGAAAUGGACAGUUCACAAAAACAAUUUAAAUUUGAAUGUAAGAAAGCUAUAAACACUCCAGUGAAUUCACUUUCGGGUAUCAACUCAAGCCAUAUAUUAGACAAGUACAACAGGUUAUAUACAUUAUUGAGAGGUCAGAAUGUCAUAGUUGGUGACAAACAAAUAAAUGCAUCGAAUCAUCCUCAGGGUAUUCCGUUUUGCACAGACUUACUUGCAAAGAAGUUUGUCUUGCAGGGGGAUGUCAUGGUAUCCAGCAAUCCUGAAUCUGCUUUUUGUUAUGCAACUGUGAUAGUUUCAUUGUGGAAUGAUUUUCCGACUUUUGGAAAGUUAGUAUUGGCAUAUUUCUACAAAUUUUGCCCUUAUUUGGUGCCGUACUAUAUUCCCCGGCAAGUGGGAGAAACUGAUGAAGAAUUUUAUGUUAAACAAGGCUACCAGUAUAUUGAUGGUCAGAUUGAAAGACAAGAUAAAUUUUUAAAAAGAAUGACAGGAAUAAUGAGACUUUAUUCGGCUAUAUUGAUAGUAAAACCUAGAAGAGGUCAAAACACAACACCCCAUAAUAUAAAACAUGGUUGGAGAUGGUUAAGUUCAAUUAUAAAACUUGAACCUCGUGUAGACAUUUCGGCUACAAUGGUUCAUACUUUCCUCGAAACUGUUGGUUUUGAAUUGGAGGCACGAUAUGACAGAUUUUUUAAGAAGUUAAUAAGAAUUAUCUUCGAGAAAUUCCUCCCAAGUUGUAGGGAGAAAUGUACAGGUGGGGCAGUUACUAGGUUGGAAUUAUUAUUGAGUGAAUAUAUAAAGAAUGGGAAAUUCGAACAACCUAGCGGUUAUUUAAAUUAUCCCUAUUGGUAGUCUUAUUCACAUUGUGCUAAUGUAGAUAAUGAAAUUAUAAUUAUGCAUAAUUCUUUACACUAAUUUUAAAAUAUGUAUUAACUCCAUUUUUAAAUACUGUACUAAUUAUAAUAAAUGAAUGU